AUGAGCAAACUCGACAAGAUGGACAUCGACAACGACAUUGAAGACGACGAUCCCAUCACGGCCAGCUACCCCGUCUACCUCAACCCAGCUCUCCCCUUAGGCCGGCGGCUCCUCGUCCUCCAACAGCCCAACCGAACCGACGACACGCCGCGCCCACCGCCCACGGAGCUCCGCCUAAAAGCGCAUUCCGGCAUGGUCGAAGUCGACCUCCCACUAGACAACACCAACGCCUACGAUCGCGAAAAGGGCCUUAAAUGGGGUCGCACGCUCCAGGCCUCCAUGGCAGCGAAGAACGGCGGCAGCCACGGUCUAGCAGGGGGUUUUGGAUUCGGCGCCGUCCAGCAAAGAGGCAAGAAGAAGGGCGAGCAAGAUGACGACGAGUACAUGGACUGGAACGAGGCCGUCCGUCAGGACAAGGUGCUCAAGACGCAGACCCUAGGCGGGCAGUACCCCGACACAGACGAAGUCCAGUACAUGGUGGGAGUGUUUCAAGGGAAAAACCUCCACCUAACACCCGUGUCCUCGCUCGUACACCUCCGCCCCCAGCUACACCACCUCGACGCAACGACACAGCAAGAGCGCAAUGCCUCCGCCUCAGCGUCCAAAGAAGCAGCAGGGUCCUCGUCGACCGCCGCCCGCGCCAUCCACAUGACCAUCAAGAACACCGCCGACGGCGACGCAGUCACCACGGAAACCAUGGCGGACCGUCUGCGGUUCGUGCAGACCGAGAACUGGCGCAAGAUGCGGUACACCGAUGAGAACGAGGAGGCCGCGUGGGAGGUGUACAACGAGAGCUUGUUCCUGCAGCCCAAGGCGGAGGAGACGGAGGAUGCUGAGGGCGAGGGUAAAGCAAAGGCUGGGGAAGGGGCCGAACAGGAUAUGGAGGAGCUGGUGCCUAGGUUUGGGGCCAAGUGGAAUGAUAAGCAGUUGCUGGAGGCUGUGAGCGGAAUUGAGAAGCCUGAUCCGGAGCCAGAGCCGGAGAUCAAGCCGGAGCCGAAAGACAAGCAGGAUGCCGCGACGGAUGCAGAGGAUGGCAGGAAGCCGAAGGGUAAGCCGCGGGGUGGUGCGGCGCCUGCUGCUCCAAGACGAGGAGGUAGAGCCAAGGCAUCGGCGAAAACAACAGUCACUAUAGACUAG